GAAACACACUCACAAUAGAGAAAGACGCUUUCUCCGGGGACCGGGGUUCGGCAUUCAGUUCUAGCCCCGAGGCAUCUCAUCUCUCUUCUCUCUCUCUUCUCUCUCUCUGUCUUCCUUUCUAUCUCUCUCUCCUCUGAUUCCAACUACAACAAUCUGGUUUUCAUCAGUACUCAUGAAGAAAAGUUUGGUAAUGCACCUAUAACACAUUCCACAGAUAUCAAGACCAUUUCUCUCUCUGUCCCCUCUCCCCAAUUCUCACGCCAUCGUUCUCUCCUGUAUGUCGCUGGCAGCUCUCCCUUCUCUUCCGCUCUUCAUUGAAGCGAAGAAGCAUGCCCUGGCCAAUCCGAAUCAGGUCGCGGUGAUUGAUACCGCCAAGGGAGAACAGUUCACUUUUGGCCAACUCCUCGCCGAUACUGCCAAACUGAAACAGCGCAUUCUCGAGGAAUUGGACCUGGCAGGUGCAGGCGAUUUAAAGGAGAGACGGGUUGCCUUUUUAGUUCCCAAUGGAUACGAUUAUGUGGUAAUUCAAUGGGCUGUCUGGGCGGCUGGCGGGGUCUGCGUGCCUCUCUGCACAUCCCACCCUGUCAAGGAACUCCUCUAUACCAUUGGCGACUCAGAUCCGUCCCUCAUCAUUCUUCACCCAACAUUUGAGGAAUUCUUAACCCCUCUUCGCGAUGGCGACAGUACAGCUUCCCCGCCGCGCCACUACAUAACCCUAACUCCCCUCUCCCAAAUCACCACCGGCACCAAUCCACCACCACAGCUCCCAGAUUUCUCCCCCGUCUACUUCCCGGACCGCCGCGCCCUGAUAAUCUACACGUCCGGCACAACCUCCACACCCAAGGGCUGCGUCACCACGCAUAAAACCAUUACCUUCCAGUCCCAAUGCCUCGUGCAAGCCUGGAACUACCAACCCAGCGACCACCUAAUCCACGUCCUGCCGCUGCACCACAUCCACGGGAUUAUCAACGGGCUCACCGCGACCCUCCUCGCCGGCGCAACCGUCGAAAUGCACACUAAAUUCGACCCGCAAUCCAUCUGGACGCGCUGGCAAGACCGGAGCCCGGGAGCCUCCACGAUGUUCUUCGGGGUGCCGACCAUCUACGCCCGUCUGAUCGAUUACUUCGACACCCAUAUCCUCGGUACGGAAUUCGACUCGGCCGCGCGCUCCGGCGCUGCAUCCCUCCGGCUCUUGGUCUCGGGCUCCGCCGCUCUCCCCACCCCAAUCAAAACCAAGUUCGCCGCCAUCACCGGCCAAUCCCUCCUCGAGCGGUAUGGCAUGACGGAGAUCGGCAUGGGCCUGAGCUGCGGCCUCGACCUCACUCAACGAAUCGACGGCAGUGUCGGGUGGCCGCUACCGGGCGUGCAGGUGCGCUUAACCGAGAAAGACACGGGGGCCAUUCUUCCCAUCGAGGCCGUUGACGCCGACGGCAUGAUCGAAGUCAAGGGCGAUAAUGUCUUUCUCGAGUACUGGCGACGGCCGCGCGAGACAACCGCCCAGGAGUUCACUGCCGACGGCUGGUUCCGGACCGGCGAUGUGGCCCGCAGAGACCAAGCCGGCGCUUAUUUUAUCCAGGGCCGGGCGUCCGUGGAUAUCAUCAAAUCCGGCGGGUAUAAGAUCUCUUCCUUGGAGGUGGAGAGGAAGUUACUGGCCGUCGCGGAGAUCCAAGAGGUAGCGGUUGUUGGGAUUGCCGAUGCAGAAUGGGGGCAGCGGGUGGCGGCGGUUGUAACGCAAAGGGCUGGGACUGACCCACUAGAAUUACACACCCUUCGCGCUCGGCUCAAGCAGGAAAUCGCCCCGUAUAAGAUCCCCACCGUCCUCAAGAUCGUCGACGAAAUUGAGCGGAAUGCCAUGGGGAAAGUGAACAAAAAGACGAUUGUGAAGAAAUACUGGCCCGAUCUGGCCUGAAUAACCCACACUGAAACUAUGAUGGGAACGAUACCCAGGUCUUAUAUAUAGUAGAG